GGCGUUCUUCACAUUUCACUGGCGAGACGCGCAGAGGCGCCCACGACUCCCAGCCAGGCCCCGCGCUCCCUGCGACCGAUUGCUCCGCUCGCAAAUCCCACUCGGCAAAUUGUUCCCCGCUGCUUUGCGUUCAUUAACGACCGGUUAUAUAUUUUGUUUUUUUUACCACCCCAAUAAUAUAUUUACAUAGGUGAACUGUUCGGAUCGUUUAAUUCGCCGAUUGCUUAUUCUGAAGAUAUUUAUCAUUUUUGGAGGAUAUUUCAUGAAAUUAUAGAAGCGUUGGCUGAUUUAGUUUAAAAAAUAAUAAUUAUAACAAUCAUUAAAUUACAUUAAAUAAUAAUUAUAAUUAUAACUUGGGGCCAUAGGCUCGGUAGUGAAUUUCAAGCGAAGUUGCCGACCUUCAGUCGGAACGACGGCAUCAUUCGCUUGACCGGACCAAGCCCCUGCCUGCGAUGAUGUCACGGGACAUCAGAGAAUCCAGCAACAUGUUCUGAUCGCGUGUCAUGGCGAAGUCGGAAAGCCAAAUGGACAUCGUGGAGAAGCAGACCAAGCCACGGCACCAGCGGCUGUCGGCGCCGCUGCGGCUCGGCGCGGCCCUCCUGCUCUGCGCCCUCGCGUGCGCGGUGGUGACGCUCGCCGUGCUCUACGUGGUCGAGCGAGAGAAGAGGGCGUCUUGGAAUGUGUGCAUCACUCCCGAGUGCAUCGCGGCCUCGGCUCGCAUCCUGGACGGCAUGGACUCCACCGUGGACCCGUGCCAGGACUUCUACAGCUUCGCGUGCGGUGGCUGGCUCAAGAAGCACGUGAUCCCCGAGCGCAGCUCCUACUACAGCACCUUCGACAUGCUGCGGGAUGACAUGGAGGUCGUACUCAAAGAUGUCCUCGAAAGGCCGGACAAGGGCAAUCGUGAAGCCAUCAGGAAAGCCAAAAGGCUGUACAGAUCCUGCAUUAACGAAUCUGCCAUAGAGGAGAGGGAUUCGGAGCCGCUGCUCAAUCUCCUGGACAGCAUCGGCGACUGGCCCGUGAUCAACGACAACUGGACCACGACUCACGGGGGGGUCUGGCGGCUGGACAAUGUCCUCGCCAAGCUGAACUCAGUCUUCUGGAAGAGGGUCAUCGUGGACAUGUACGUGGGGCCUGACGACGAGAACUCCAACAAGCACGUCAUCCACGUUGAUCAGCCAAUGCUCGGCCUGCCCUCCAAGGAUUAUUACUACGGUGACGGGAAUUACAGAACGGCCCGCGAGGCCUACCUGCAAUUCAUGGUCUCCAUGGCCACCAUGCUGAGGAGCGACCGCAAGCGGCCGCGGAGCGAGGAGGCCGUGCGCGAGGAGAUGGCCAUGGUCCUGGAGCUGGAGGUGGCGCUCGCCAACAUCACGACGCCCACCGAGGAGCGGCAGGACAUCACCAAGAUGUACAACAAGAUGACCCUGAGCGAGCUCGAGGACAAGUUCAAGCUUCCCGGCUUCGAGUGGACGAGGUUCGUGCGCUCCGUGUUGGCGAGCGUCAACGUGACGGUGCCGAGCGAGGAGGACGUCGUCGUCUACGCGCCCGAGUACCUCGCCAAGCUGCCGGACGUCCUCGGCAAGUACCCAGCGAGAGUCCUUCAGAACUACAUUGCGUGGAGGCUGGUGAAGGAGAUCGUGUUCACGCUGAGCCAACGGUACAAGGAGGUUCACUCAAGCUUCAAGAAGGCGCUGCUCGGCACCACGUCGGAGGACGCGCGGUGGCGAGAGUGCGUGGGAGGCGUCAACUCGAACAUGGAGAACGCCGUGGGGUCGCUCUACGUGCGUCAGGUGUUCGCCGGCGAGAGCAAGCAGAUGGUGGACGAGAUCAUUGGCAGGAUAAGGCAGGUGUUCAUCGAGAAGCUGGACGAGAUGGAGUGGAUGGACGGCUCCACCAAGGUCAAGGCGCAGGAGAAGGCGGAAAGCAUCAAGGAGAUGAUUGGCUACCCGGAUUACAUCCUGGAUGACGACGACCCCAAGUUGGACGAAGAGUACAAGAACCUGAACUUCGGCGAGGCGUCGUACUUUGAGAACACGCUGGAGAACAUGCACGACGGCGUGCAGAAGAGCCUGCAGAAGCUGCGCGAGCCAGUCAACAAGGACGCAUGGGUGGGUGGAGCUGCGGAGAUCAACGCCUUCUACACACCGAGCCGCAACAAAAUCGUUUUCCCGGCUGGAAUCCUGCAGCCGCCCUUUUUUUCCAAGGGGCAGCCGCGGUCGCUGAACUACGGCGGCAUCGGCAUGGUGAUCGGGCACGAGAUAACGCACGGCUUCGACGACAACGGACGCAAUUACGACAAGGACGGGAACCUCAACAACUGGUGGUCCAACUCGUCGGCCGUGAGCUUCAAGAAUCUCUCCCGGUGCAUGGUCCAUCAGUACGGCAACUUCACCUGGGACAUAGCCGGGAGGCAGAACCUGAGCGGCGUCAACACGCUGGGAGAGAACAUCGCCGACAACGGCGGCAUCCGGCAGGCAUACCAGGCGUUCACGAAGAUCGCGGCGGAUGAGAAGGAGGAACCCACACUCCCGGGCCUCAACUUAAACCACAAGCAGCUCUUCUUCCUGAACUUUGCCCAGGUGUGGUGUGGCACGUAUCGACCAGAGUCGGCCAGCAUCUCCAUCAAGGCCGACUCCCACAGCCCCGGCCAGUUCAGGGUCACCGGCGUCCUGCAGAAUUUCGAGGAAUUUGCGGAGGCGUUUCAGUGCAAAGCCAACGAUUUCAUGAGCCCAAGAACGAAGUGCAGAGUUUGGUGAGGCAAACACCCACGGAGGGAGACUACAAAACGGAACGCUCGCAAAACCUGCGGCGGAGAACGAGGAAUACGCAUAAUGGACUCUACACAGCACCGAGAUUUUCCUGCCGUUUAGUAAAGUUACAGGCCUCGUGUGCUGCAUUCACAGAUUGCAACUUCGCCUUGCAGGCAAAAGGCAAGGGGGAAGGCUCGGUAAAAGAUGGACAACCCACAAACAGUAUUUAGGAAUCGCUUGGCUAUUAAGCUCGUAAAACUGCCAAUGCCUGCGCUGUAGGCCUCGCACACUGAACUGCUUUGCUUGAUAAUGAGCAGCACCUCGGGUGGUGUUUGUGUGCCAGCUGUAGUGUCCAUGCACGAGUGUCGGCCUGGUGCGUUUUAUCUUGCCUCUCGUCGUAUUACGACGGCUCAGGGCCUGCGGCUCAGGCCCUGCCUGCCCCCUGCCCCCCCCCCCCCCCCCCCCCCACCCCCCCCCCCCCCCCCCACCCCAUAAGCAGAACUUUCCCGCGUUCGGUUUUAACAUCUGGGUUGCCGCACGCAGGUCCAGAGACCCGAGAGUGUGGGAGACCUGGGGUAACGACUGUUAACGCAACCGGACUCCCGGCUGAGCUUUUCUGAAGGCGCAAAAAUAUUCUAAAUCGUUUUGCCGUAAUUUUUUCACUCGAUUUUGUAGCGAAAACAUGGUGCAACGAGUCUGCGGCUGCCUGCCUAGGUAGAUAACUUGAUGACCUUUCCGUUUCAUCGCUGUUAUGCGUGCUCAAUGUUUUAUUCCCCAGUGGACUUCUGCCACGCGCAAGCCGAAACCCGCCAGGUUCGGCUUCACGAGCACAUGAGAACGCUCAACGGCGCAGAACUGUCUGCAACCCGAGCAACUCAGACGGCGAGAAUGCCGAUGGUGCAUUGUUAACCCGGCUGGCUGGCUGACUGACAGAUGGCCCAUCGUGCCCGCAAGCCUGGCAGCAGGCUGUCGGUGCGCGCUGCAGAGUGGGCCUCAAUCGCGCCGUGCGUAGCCCAGGCAUGGGAUUUGGCGGCCACUCUGACCGGGAUAUAGUCCUGGGGACCGACAGGGUGACUUGGCACUAAUCAGACAGGCCCGCAGUCGUGCGUGGCCAAAAGCUGAAGAUGCCCGGAGAAGUGCGUGGCAAAAGCUUGAGAGAAGAAAGUGCCGAAUACGCAGGCGAGCACUUGGACUCGUGAUGGCGAUGCGUGCCGAGCGAGCUGCCUGGGUACGGAUCGGCGUGGCGAGCCUCGUGCAGCGAGGGUUUAGAGUUCAGUGGAACCACACCGACUGGAGUCACCAUCAGUGUCAAUACACUUGUAGCAGUAACCCGCACGAGAGUGCGAUAUUGUGAUAGACAUAUACAUAUAUAUUUAAUCUAUAUUUAGUAUAUGCGUUUGAUGUACAGUUUAUAUAACAAUUUUAUUUAGACCUGUAAUAUAUAUGACACGCACAACAUACACCCCCCCCCAACCGCCGUAUAGCCUUUAACAGACUAUUGGGGCUGUUAGCGAGCACCUAUUAAGGCCGACAUGGCACACCAGAGCUGGGGCAGCUACCACCACGCCCGGCCGCCUUUGUCUCCCCAAUGCUGGUGUUUAUACACCUGCACCAGGUAGUCAUUUAAGGCUUAUUCGACCUAGGGGAGGCCCAGGAGACGGUUCAGAUAUUCGUCACCGGUGUUGACUCACGAGCGGGAAUCCGUAGCGUGGCGCACUAGCCACCGCACCUGCCACUCCCCACGCACGCACGUCCACACAUUCACAUUGGGCGAGCAAUUUAGACAUUGAUGGGCACGUCAAGAACAUCAUGAACGUUCGUUUGGUGAGGUGGCAGAAGCUGUCCUCCCAGUAGGAGAUUUCCAGACCACACGGGAGUCUGAGAACAUUGGAGGCCUUCUGCAGUGGCGCCACGGUGGAAAGAUGUUUACUACCUCGCAUGGUAUACAGGAGGUCGUGGGUUCGUUCCUGACCCUGACGCCUGCUGUAUAUUUGGAGUUUGCGUCUCUCUCUCCCCGUGGUCGCGUAGAUUUUUCUCCG